AUGGAUUUUGGAAGUGUUGCAGAGAACGAGAACGUAAGUACUCUGACAGAGCACGUGCAGCACCUUGCUAACGAAAAUAUAAGUAUGAAGGAUAGGAAUGAGAGGCUGUACCGGCUCGGAGACCUGCAGGAGAGGAUGGGGAAACGGGCUGGCUCCAAAACAGAUUUGUCAACCAGAAUGGUCUUCACUGAAGAGGAAAAACUGAAGAUUUCCAAAGACCUCGUUGAUAUCCAGAUCGAGACAAACAAAAUGAAGGAGCAGUAUGAGACGGAGAACUUUGAACUGAAAAAUAUGAUCCUGGCCCUGGAGAACCGUGUGCUGGAGCUGGAGCUCAGCAGUGAGAAAGUCACUGGGGAGCGAGAUGCCUUACGGGAACGCCUGCAUGCUCUGGAGACCAGUCGGAAGGAGCUGGCAGAUGAGUACAUCAUUUUGAAAAGCAAUUACUUGGCCCUAGGCAAAGAACUGGACCAGGAGGUCAUGAAGAAGGAGGAGCUCGGCCUAGAGCUGCUCAACCUGGCCAAUGCCAGGAGCACCCUUCCCUGCACAGAGAGCAACCGCUCCCCCGCCAUGGCCGAUGAAUCCUCUGCUGAGCUGGAAAGAGUGAGAGCAAAAGUGCAUCGUCUCUCUGCUCGGAAGGUGAAGCCAGAAGAUGUAGUUGCCUCUGAACACGAGCGGCAAAAGCUGGAGAGAAACUUGCUUGGAAACCAGGAUCAUGUAAAAGUGGAGCUUGAAAAACUGAAGAAAACCUACGAUUCACAGCAGCAGAAGCUGGAAGAGAGAGUGAUCGUGAUGGCGAAGGAGCUGCAAGAGGCGAAGGGAGCGAUUGGGGACACCCAGCACAAGCUGGCGGAGCAGUCAGCGGUGCUGCUCACCUCCCAGAGCCAGCUCCAAGAGGUGGAGGCGGAGAACUCUCAGCUGCAGCUCCGGCUGAAGGAGCUGAACGAGGAAUAUCGCUCCCGGCUCGCGCAGUACAUCAAGGACGUGGCGGACUACAUGGACAGCAAAUCCAGCAACGUAACGGGGCCUAGCAAAGCCCCAGCUGAUCAUGCUCCCAUGAAACGCUUUGUGGACAGCGUGCUGAACGAUAUCAGGGCUUCCUACAAGUCUCGGGAAGAGCAGCUAGCUAGAGCGGCACGUGGCUACAAGAAACGCAUGAAGAACUUGGUCAAGAAGCAUGAGAACCUGCUGAUUGCUUACGGGCUCCAGCGCGAGCAGAUCCGGUCCUUGGGCAGCAGCGCUAUGGAUUGUGGCCCUGCCGAGCUUCACUUUUCCAUCACAGACCCAGAGCUGCUGACAAACACAACCCGGGAGCUCAACCGGCUGCGGGAGGAUAAAGCAAAACUGGAGAUGCAGCUACACGAAUUGCAGAAGAAAAGACUGGAAGAAACCUCUGCCUUCCCACUGUCUCCUGAGCAGCAGCUGGAUGAGGAGGGCUGGGCAGAGGUCAGGAAGCAGCUCCGGGAGUUCGCACACACCACCCAGGAGGAUUUGGAGCAGGAGAGAAGCCAGCUGCUGACUCGGGCGAUCGUGGCAGAAGAGCAGGUGUCGGAGCUGCAGGAAUACAUAGAUAAGCAUCUUGCCAGGUACAAGCAGGAGAUCCUCCGGUUGAAGAAGCUCGCUGGCAGCGAGGUGCCACGCACGCUUAGUGCUGGGGCGGCCGAUACUCACUCGCUGCUCAGAGGCAGAAGGACUGUCAGCCACAAACCGUAGCUCUCUGCCACGGCUCCAAGGAGCAGCAUGAUCGUAGG